UAUACAAAAAGUAACAAACCCAUUCACGCAACCUCAAAUUACACAAAGAAACUAUUGUUCUAAGUUUCACCAGUAAAUUUUGCUUCACUUGCAAGAUUCCAACUCACCCCGUUAUGAUGGGUAUCUCACAUUUUCUUGCAAUACCUUACCCAAUCCUAGGGCACAUGAACCCCCUUCUUCAGUUCUCCCAGGUUUUGGCCAAAUAUGGCUGCAAAAUCACCCUCUUGAGUUCAGAUGAGAACUACGAAAAACUGAAGAGUGCAAGUGGUGGUGGGAAUGACAAAGUCAUCAUGGACUCACACAUAAAGUUGGUGUCUCUCCCUGAUGGUGUGGACCCUGAAGAUGACAGAAAGGACCAGGCCAAGGUUAUUUCCACCACCAUAAACACCAUGCGUGCUAAGCUUCCCAAGCUCAUAGAAGAUGUGAAUGAUGCUGAGGACAGUGACAACAAGAUUUCUUGUAUUAUCGUCACUAAGAAUAUGGGGUGGGCCUUGGAAGUUGGACACCAACUGGGAAUUAAAGGGGCUCUAUUCUGGCCAGCCUCAGCUACUUCUUUGGCAUCCUUUAAUUCCAUUCAGAGGCUUAUUGAUGAGGGUGCCAUAGAUUCCAAAAAUGGACUCCCAACCCGAAAGCAGGAAAUUCAGCUUUCCUCUAAUUUGCCUAUGAUGGAGGCAGCUGCCAUGCCAUGGUACUGCUUGGAUAAUGCCUUCUUCUUCCUUCACAUGAAGCAAGAAAUGCAAAACCUGAAUUUAGCUGAAAGGUGGCUUUGUAACACCACUUUUGAUCUUGAAGCUGGAGCAUUCUCCACAUCACAAAAGCUCCUACCAAUUGGUCCAUUGAUGGCAAAUGAGCACAACAUAAUAUCAAUAUUGCAAGAAGACAGAACCUGCCUAGAGUGGUUGGAUCAGCAACCACCUCAAUCUGUCAUAUAUGCUUCAUUUGGCAGCAUGGUGUCAACGAAACCAAACCAAUUCAAUGAGUUAGCCCUUGGACUUGAUCUCCUCAAAAGGCCUUUUCUUUGGGUUGUGCGUGAAGACAAUGGUUACAACAUUGCAUACCCAGAUGAAUUUCGGGGAAGUCAAGGUAAAAUUGUUGGUUGGGCCCCACAGAAGAAGAUUUUGGAACACCCUGCCAUAGCAUGUUUCAUUAGCCAUUGUGGCUGGAACUCAACCAUUGAAGGUUUAUAUAAUGGGGUGCCCUUCUUGUGCUGGCCAUUCUGCAGUGACCAGCUUAUGAACAAGAUAUAUAUUUGUGAUGUGUGGAAGGUUGGACUUGAAUUUCACAGGGAUGAAAAUGGGAUAAUAUUAAGGGAAGAGAUUAAAAAGAAGGUGGAGCAACUACUUGGUGAUGAAGAAAUAAAAGGAAGGGCUUCCAAGUUAAUGGAAAAGGUCAUCAAGAACAAAGCACAAGGUGAUCAGAAUCUCAUCAAGUUUAUCAAUUGGGCCAAGGAAUAAGAAUGCUCUUAAUUAAUGUCUUGUUUUAUGCUUCAAUAAAAUAAUUAAUGGAAUUAAACGUCUUGCUUUAAUAUUUAACAACUAAGUUUAUACUCCUAUAAAAGAAUGAAAAAUAGAGAAAAUGAAAUCAGAAUGAAAGAAAAAUAAAAAAGGGUGGAAAUUAGGGUGGUGUUUUGUUAACUGUUAUAUAUUAAAAACAAAAGUUUAGUACCAUGUAUGUGUUCUUAUUUCUUUUUCUUGCAUAACGAUGCUUUUGUUUUAAUUUUUAAAUCCA